AUGCGACUUGGCAAAAUUUUAUUCGAUCAUUGUUGUGUGACCAAUACUUUUGAUCAUACACUAAAGUUAAUGAUAUUGAGCGAGUGGGAUUUGAAUAUGGCUGUAAAGGUUGGAGAUGCGUAG